CACUUUAUGGACAGUAAAUAACGCAUUGCCUUUUAGAAGGAGCAAAGAGAUAUUUGAUUACAUACUAACCCUGCAAGCUGCAUAUUAAAAUAGCCUUGAACCAUGCUGGAUAUGAUUUGAAACAGAGUGUGUUCUUCUGUCGGAAUAAAGAAUGAGCCGGUUUAACUGAUCCCUUUCAGGAUACAUUUGAAGGUUAAGCAACUACAGAUCUCAGCUAAUCUGAUGUAAUCUGCUGUUACUAAAUGGAUGUCUACGUUCACAUACGUAGCACACUGCACACGAGUGCCUAGGAAUAAAGUUUUCCAAUUUUUUUUUCAUAUCUGUUCUGCUGAGAGGGAGCCAUGUAUCUUUUUAUUUACUUCUACCUCCUAAUGAGCUUUUUUGAAGAAGUGCAGGGCUUUUGUCCUUCACAAUGCACUUGCGUUUACCAUGGCAGAAGCGAUGGCACUGGAACAAGGUCUGUGCUCUGUAACGAUCCUGACAUGUAUGAGAUCCCUGUGAAUGUUCCUGUGGAUACCGUCAAGCUUCGGAUAGAGAAAACCGUCAUACGAAGGAUUCCAACUGAAGCCUUUUACUAUCUAGUAGAUCUCAAGUACCUGUGGGUAACUUACAACUGCGUAGCCAACGUUGAUAUCAGCAGUUUCUAUAACUUGAAACAGCUACACGAGCUACGGCUGGAUGGUAACCUGCUCUCCACUUUCCCUUGGGAAUCGCUGGCGGAGAUGCCCAACCUGCGGACCCUUGACUUACACAACAAUAAAGUGACCAGCAUCCCCGCUGAGGCUGGCAGGUACCUGAGGAACCUCACCUACCUGGACAUAUCCAGCAACAAGCUCACCACCUUGCCAUCGGACUUGAUGGACAUUUGGCCUCCCUUCUCAGAAGCUGUCCUGCCCAAGAACACAGACAUUCUGGCAACCCAGAGAGUCAUUUUGGGUUUGCAGGACAACCCAUGGUUUUGCGACUGUCGCAUUUCAAAGCUGAUUGAAUUUUCCAAAAUUGUGGACAACUCCCUUGUGCUUCUCGAUCCACUGGUCUCGUGUAGCGGACCCGAGAGCCUGGCAGGAAUCUUGUUCCAGAGAGCUGAGUUGGAGCAGUGUCUUAAACCCUCCGUGAUGACCUCCGCGACCAAAAUCACUUCCCCGCUGGGAAGCAACGUCCUGCUGCGCUGCGACGCGACCGGGUACCCCACGCCGCAGCUCACUUGGACUAGGUCAGACAAUAUACCAGUGAACUAUACAGUAAUUCAAGAAACACCCGGAGAGGGUGUCAGAUGGUCCAUAAUAAGCUUGACAGGGAUUUCAUACAAGGAUGCAGGAGAAUACAGGUGUAAAGCCAAGAACUUGGCAGGAAUGUCAGAAGCUGCUGUUACCGUCACAGUGGUUGGUGUAGUUACUACAACCGUGUCACCACAGAAGUAUGGCAGGAAGCAAGAGGCAGAGAGACAGAAUACCACUCAGGAGGAAUCCAAGCAGGAACCUGAGAGGACAACCACACCUCUUCCCACCACACCCACCACCACAGCACUGGUUAGCACUGAACGAUCAACGAGCAUCAGGUUUACUGACAAGAAGCAAUCCAGGCUCGUGUUCGAUGGGAAGAAAAAUUCAAAAGCAGCAACAAAUGGAAACAAAAGGCAAACUGGGGAGAUAAGCAAGAAAGGUGAGGAUACAAAGUCGACUGGGGAGAUAAGCAAGAAAGGUGAGGAUGCUUCAUUGAGUACAGCAAGUACGGCGGAGCAAAAUGUUACAGUAAAGAACCUAAGAGUGAUCAGUGAAACUGAUGAAAGAGUGACCUUAACUUGGAAAACUGUCAACGCCACGGGCAACUCGGCAGUGACUGUGUUAUACUCAAAGUAUGGUGAGAAAGAUAUGUUGCCUCUGAGCACCGACUCCAGCAAAAACAAAGUCACAAUCGAUGGUUUGCAGCCUAGUACUCAAUAUAUGGCGUGUGUCUCACCCAAAGGAGUGCCACCUACGGAAGAGCAGUGCAUUAUUUUCUCCACUGAUAGGUUAAACGAUGACAGCAGCUCUCAGUUUUCUAUCCUGAUAUUGGCCAGCAGCGCAGCGUGUGUGGUUGUUUUACCUUUGAUAUUUUUCUUACUCUAUAAAGUUUUAAAACUUCGCGUGAAACCAAAAACUGCAAAGGAAGCUGACCUUGCAAAAGAGACCUAUGUGAAAUUUGAAACGCUGUCUCUGAAGCCUCGAACAGUGAAUGCAGGAGAGCAGCUCUGGGCACGAAGGUACACGGAUGAGUCAGAAAGACUUCUCCUCUGUUCUAGGUCAAGCAUGGAUUCUCAAAUGACCUUCAAAAGCGAGGGCUCUAGGUCUGAGUAUCUGUGUUGAACGUAGGCGAGGGUGGAGGAAAUGGAAUAUACAACGGGUAAAAUCAAUCCAAAGUGAUGAUACUGCAUCUGGAAGCAGGUGGCUGUCAGAAUAUUUAUGCAGUCUACUGGAUGGGGAGGGUGGUGGGUAGGAGGGAGAACAGAAGGAAGAUGUUGCCAGUUUAUUUUCUUUUUUUAUGUUUGUGACACUGGAUGUGAGGGAAUGAUGUUCCUUAAAAGAUGAAUACAGCAUGAAGUCGUUGCCUGGUUAAAGAUCUUAUAUUUUUUGUUUUCAUUAAAACAUCAUUCUUUUUUCUCUUCUCUUGUUUUACUGUAUGAUGUGCUAGUUGCAUGUAUCAAACAUUAUUCACAACCUUCAUAAAACGUAUGUACUUAAAAAUAAUAGGAAAACAGUUUCAACCACUUCUAAUGAAGUCAAAACUUUAUCUGAAGAUACAAGUUUUCUUCUGACACCAGCUUGUGCUUUGAGAUGUCAUACAACUCUGUUUGUACAGUAUCUUGGGCUGGAAGUGAUCUCAGGCCAAUGAAGACUGAAGCUAGGUAGCCACAGCUUAUGGACUCUUGAGAGGUACAAUACACAUAUUGUCAUUUUGCAGAUGCUAUGGCAAACGAGCAUUUUCAGUAUUCUGAAGCUCAGGUGAGAUAUCAUUAUGAGUAACUUCGUGAGAGAUACUAGAUAUUAAUAAUGUUAAUUUACAUCAAAUGAUCUUAUUGCAAAAUCUCAGCCUUAGAACUUACUUGGAUGCAUAUGUCUAUAUACCUCAAUUUCAGAAAUCUCUACAAAAGAUUUUGUGGUAUGGUGUAAUACAACACACUUUCUUCUAUACCUAUAUAUUACAUAGAUAUUGCACAAUACUGUGUACUACAGUGUAGUAAUACAAUACAUUUUGAGAUACUGUAAGAGAAGGUCUUGUCCUCAGGUCAUGUUGGAUGUGUGAUGAAGUUCAUUGAGCACAGUGGAGGUUAAUUGUAAGCAUGCUUCCCAGUUUUUAAAAAAUCAGGUAUUAAUAUUGCUAGUAAUGAUGAAGGUAGAAUUGCCUACUAAUGAUAAUAAUGAAUUGUCUAUUCUGAGGCUGCUUUUUUAUUGCCUGAAGUAAACAACAGAGCUCUUAUUGUUUUAAUUUCAGAUACUGUGGUUAAGAGUAUGUAUGAAUUGAGAACCACAGUCUUUUCCUAAAAAUUACAACUGAGUUAUUUUCUUGGACCUUUCUACGCGUAGGAGAACUGUUUACUUUACUAGGAAAUUGGGAAUCUUCUCUUUCCAGAGGGAGAAAUUUUACUCAAAGCUGCAAACCAAAGCUUAGUUAGUUAACUUUAAAAUAGUAGCAUUUCUUGGUGUCACUAGUGUGGUUAAAAAGCACUUUUUUUUCCAUGGAUAAUUUUGAUUGCAGUAAAAAUGUUUUUAGUUUUCUGAGCGGAAUAUUUUUACUUUGUCUUUUUUUUUAAUUUGUAAUUUUUUUAGGGAAAGCAGAUUCUCUUUGUGUCAAAACCGAGGUUCAUCUGACAAGCAGUUCAUGAUAAACUACAUUCUUAGCAGGACCUGAAGUGUUAUGAUGUUUGCCUUCUAUUUCCCAUAUAGACGGUGUAGCCAGUAGUUGUUGCUGGAAGUGUUUCCAAUUAAAAACACUACAUUUGUAGCAACUAUUUUAACUAUUUUUUUUAAAUUCCUGGAGAAUAUUUGAUAUUUCAGGUUUGAAAGCUUUGCAAGAAACUUGAAUCUAAUUCUGGAGCCCAGAAGUGCUAUUCCCUGACUUAUAGAUGAUACAUCAAUAAAUCAGACUGAGGGGGUGCAAAGCUCGUUUGAGAGAGCUCACUUGCACAUUUGGUUUAACUAAUCCUUGUGAAAUUAGCAUGUCCUAAAGUUACAAAUUAAUCUCUAUGACCAUGCGUGCUAUCAGUAUAUCAAAGAUGUAAUGUAUUUUAAAGGGCAAGUUUUUUCAAGAAAACAUGAGACAUUAUUUUUUCCAGAGCUUUUGAGACAACAAGAGUUGUAGAACCCAGAGGCUUCUGUACCUCAUGUCAAAACAGCAAAUUUGCUGGGGAAUUCUGAUAGGAAUUUGAUACAAAGGCCAAAUCACACAAUAAAGACGUGCCCUGCAUCCCCCAGGAUUGGUUUAAUUAAAGAGCUGAAGAAAUACUUCCGGUAACGGAUGCAAAUUUUUAUACUGUAAAUCGUUAAUAUUAAUGAUAGAAACAUUGAGAUAGACUUUGUCGCCCAUAAUCAAUUUGUGUAAUAUCUUCUGAAACGCAAUACUGAAUCAUUCAUCACUAUGAACAGUGAUGACUGUCAUCUAUGCUUGCCUGGUAGGAGAAUUUGAGAGGAUUUAACCAAUGUUUAUGCAUCAUCGCCUUUUAUAUAUUUUGCACUUUGUUAGGUCCAUUCAUCCUGCAUUUCACCAAGAAGGUUAGACCUCUUUUUAUUCACUACCUACAACGGGGGUGUCAAAAUUGGAUGGUUAAUGAAAUAACUGAGUAAUGUGGGCUGAAUUCCAAAUAGACCUAAUUUUUCCUUAAAGCUUCAAUGGACCUCAGCACUUGUCACAGUUAACCACAAUCCUGGCUUCAAUGUGCACUUACUGAGCCAAACUUUAGGCUUCCAUGUAUCUAUUUUAGUCCUUGCCAUUGCUCACAGUGGACAUGGUAUUCACAGAAUCAUUCAGGUUGGAUGAGACCCUUGGGAUCAUCGAGUCCAACCAUCAACCCUACUCUACAAAGUUCUCCCCUACACCAUAUCCCCCAACACCACAUCUAAACGACUC